AUGACACCUCCACAGCUCGGGUCCGGUGUCGUAAUCAUGGACGAGAAGCCGACUGCCGAAGGUACGGCAUCGGCGGCAAGUGAUGAUGAUUCCGGCUCCGGAACCCAAGACUUGGUACCAGUUCUUCAGGAUCCGAAGAAAACAUGGCGUUCCUAUGUUUGGGAUACUUUCGACAAGUCACCAGAGGAGCGAAGAUUCUUGUUCAAGCUCGAUGCAGUCAUAUUGACAUUUGCAUCUCUUGGGUACUUCAUCAAAUACCUCGAUCAAGUCAAUGUCAAUUCUGCGUUUGUCUCGGGGAUGAAAGAGGACUUGGGUCUCUAUGGCAAUCAACUCAACUAUAUGAUCACUUGUUGGACCGUAGGAUAUGUCAUUGGAGAAAUCCCAAGGUAG